AUGAGCGCCCAGCUGGACCUCCCCCUGAGCCAGGUCUUGGUGUUCGAGAAGACCGGCCGGGUACUGUGGAGAAGAGGCGCCCCGACGCUCAAGGGCGACCCUUUAUCGGAACUCGUCGGCGCCUACCUCCUCGAAGAAAAGGGCGGCACGCAGAGCGCGCGCAUCGGGGACCACGCCUUGGACUGGCGUUUUGUGAAUGAGGCGGAUUUGGUCGUCGUGACGGCGGCACCGGCAAGCAUGGAGCUCGACUGGACCGGGGACCUGUGCGACAGCGUGAGAAAGAAGGUUGCGGCACUCGCGAAGUCAGGCCACGUGCAGGAGGCCCUGCGGUCGUCCUUCGACCCUACUUUUGACGGUCUGGAAAAAGAGUUCGAGGCGCGCUUGCGGAUUAGAAGGAAAAAACAACAGGCCGACUUGGAAGCUCGCAAGGCGCGCAGCGCGGAGGCGGCCCAGCGGCGGGCCGAGGCCGAAGCUGAAGCGGCGGAAGCGGCUGAAGAGGAGGAGGGCGUGCGCGGCCGCGUCCUUCAUCAACGAUGGCGUCCCCACGCGUCACCCGCGCGACGACGUCUCGCCCCCCAUACGCCAUCGACGCGACGCCUCAUCAACGCAGGCCGAGAAGACCGACGAGGACCCCCUCGCCCGCUUAAAAAGAAGAACAGCCACGAAAUCUUCCUCGGGCGGCCGACGGCGCGGCAAGAAGAAGCCCACGGACUCCUCAGAAAAGGCCGGCAAGAAGCCGACGGUCUGGAGAGAUGGUUCCCAGAGGAACAAGAAGGCUACGGCCGCCGAAGUCGCGGCGCUAGAUCGAAGUGGCGCCCAUGGCGACGCGGCGGCGCAGCAGGCGGCCCAGGAUCGGCACCUCGAAGAGAUGCGCGGCACUUAUUUAGCGAAUGAGGGCGAGAAGGCCGCCUGGGACGAGGAGGAGGAGUUAUUGUUAGAAGACGAGAGCGACGACGAGGCUGCUCCGAAAUCUUGGUUCGGCAGAAAUGUGGGCAACUUACUGAACAACGUGGCUGGCAGUCAAACAUUGACAAAGGAGGAGAUCGAGCCCGUCAUGGCCGAUCUGAGGAAGACUUUGCUAGAAAAAAAUGUCGCGGUCGAAGUGGCCGAUGCCGUCACAAAAAGUGUGGCCGAUUCACUCGUCGGUCAGAAAGUAGAAAGAUUCGGACGAGCCUCGACGAUGAUCAAGCAGGCUCUAGCCGCAGCAGUGGAGCGUGUCCUGACACCGAAGCGCUCGACGGAUGUGCUACGGGAGGUGCUAGAUGCCAAAAGGAAGGGCAAGACCUACUCUAUAGUUUUUGUGGGCAUCAACGGCGUGGGCAAAUCUACAUCUCUCUCAAAGGUAGCCUACUACCUCAAGGAGCACAACAUCGACGUGAUGAUUACGGCCUGUGACACGUUCCGUUCUGGGGCCGUGGAGCAACUACGGUCCCACGCGAAAUGCCUGGAUGUGGAGUUGUUCGAGAAGGGCUACCUGAAGGAUCCCGCGGACGUGGCUCGGGCAUCUCUCGUACAUGCCAAACAAGCGAAGAAGGAUUGUGUAUUGAUAGACACCGCUGGCAGAAUGCAGAACAACGAUAAGUUAAUGAGGGAGUUAGCUAAAUUAGUGAGUGUCAACACGCCGGAUCUCGUGCUCUUCGUCGGCGAAGCUCUCGUAGGAAACGAUGGGAUCGAUCAAUUGAACAUGUUCAACAAGUCGCUGGCGCAGUUCUGUAGCGAUGGUCGGACGAUCGAUGGAUUGGUGUUGACGAAGUUCGAUACCAUAGAUGAUAAAGUAGGGGCCACCCUCAGUAUGACGUACAAGACGGGCCAGCCCAUCAUGUUCAUCGGCGUCGGCCAGAAGUACACGCACCUCAAGAAGCUCUCCGUGAACGCGGUCGUGAACGCGCUGUUCAAGUGACGCUCGGCGAUGGCGUCUCGAGUGGUAAGAGUGACUAGGGUUAUCUACUACCACGGCCGGUGGCGAGGCGUCGAUGAUGAUGGCGUGGCGAUGAGUAAGAGUAACUUACUAGGGCU